AUGUCAACCCAAUAUGCUACUGAGCCAAAUCCAACCGCGUCAGCUACGCUGAAUACAACCACACCUCUUACCUGCAAGAACUUCCUUCAACACUGCAAGGACGGCUACUAUACCGGAACUAUCUUCCACCGUGUUGCGCCUGGAUUUGUUAUCCAAGGUGGUGACCCAACAGGCACAGGCGCUGGUGGUACAUCUAUCUACGAGUAUCCGGAAUUCGAAUACGACCCCGAAGCGCGCGAUCCCAAUGAGCGAGUCGUUCUUCGAAAUGAAUUUCAUAGUCGUUUACGCUUUAACCGGCGUGGGCUGGUUGGAAUGGCCAAAAGCGAGGAUGGAACCUACGGCAGUCAAUUCUUCAUUACACUCGAUAAUACCGAGCGAGAGAUGAAUGGGCAAUGUACAAUGUUUGGGCGAUUGGAGGGCGACAGCAUCUUCACCGUAUUGAAAAUUGCAGAGGCGGAACGUGUCGAGGAUACUGAGAAGCCAGUGUACCCCGUCAAGGUGACGUCCUGUGAAGUCGGCGAGUUGGGGCCUUUGGCGGACAAGUUGAAAGACAGAAAGACGGUCUCGACAACUUCCGGGGGUGAUAAGCCAGCAGCUAAAAAGAAGAAGAAGAAUCCAAAGGCUGGCAAGGCUCUGUUGAGCUUUGGAGGAGAUGAGGGCGAGGAGGAGAUGCCCAUGCGGCCGGCAAAGCCCAAGUUUAAUACUAAACUCGUCGCUGAUGUGCCCGGUGCAGCGCCUGAAGCGCAGUCUACAUCAAAGCCACAACCUUCUGAGGCUAAGCAGCAACGAAAGCGGCCGCAUUCCCCCUCUCCCACGCGAUCCCGAUCGACAGAGCGUAAACCACGCCCAAAGACACCUGAACCUCAGACACAGCUCCCUAUACAAGACCCCGAAUCGCCGGAACGAUCACCUACACCUAAAAAAGAGUCCAAGUUAUCCCGAACGAACGCCGAAAUCGCUUCUUUGAAAGCAUCCAUGCGUCGCAAUGUGGAUGUGGGACCUGCGGUUACAGGUCGCAAGAAGACGGCUCUCGAAUCUAUGAUCCCUGAGACUGCAAUUCGAGGCCGUAGACGCCCUCCACCAAACUCUAGCAAUGGUGCUGCAUCAAGCACAGGUCCUCGAAAUGCCGCUGAGAAUGAAGCACUUCGCUUAUUCAAUGCUUUCAAGGCUAAGCUUGAAGGUACAGAAAGCCGACCAUCUGCUCAAACGUCACAUACCGAAGCACGAACAGACGAAGGAACAAAGGGCAAAGAACAAAAUGGCGAUGAAGAUGACGAGGAAGCCCAGCUCUGUGAUUUGCAUUUUAUCGCCAAUUGCCAAUCGUGCCAGUCUUGGGAUAAUGAGAAUGCAGAAGAUGGAGACGGAGAUAAUGCAGACGAGGAAGAAGGAUGGAUGUCUCACCAGCUACAAUUUGGCAAGGAUAUGCUGGGCAAAGAUCUUAAUUGGAAGAAGAAUAAUCGUGACGAUGUGGACUCGCUGAUGGUUAUUGACCCACGGGAGAAAGAAAAGGAUCUGGCUGGUCCCAGUGGCGGUCGCAAGAGAGGUCUGCAACGAGACCGUGAACGUGAGCGAAAGCAAGAACGAUCCGGAGAUCUGGAAUGGAGGCGAUGA